UUCAAGAUAUUUCUUCCAAUGCGUUUAUUCAGUAGCCUCAAGCAAGCGUGAACAAUACUUAACGGACUCUCAGCUAUCAAAUUUGAUAUCUUUGAAGACAUGCCAUUGACUACGUCAUACAAAAGCGAAAUUACGAACGAAAAAACAAGCAGCCUACUUUCGUGUCGUCACCGCGCUGUCAUUAGAUAGUGACUAUCGUAAAUUAGCGCUUCGCAUAAUCGCAUUUUUCGAAUGGAAAAAUUCAAUCAGUUAUUAUUUCUGCACGUUUGAGUAGUGGACGGCAACGAGAGAAGCAACCUUCUGGGGUUCUCUCUCGGGCACGAUUGCGUGCGGGUGUGCAAGGUAAAUAAACUGGAGAGUCAGCAACGUGUUAGCUGUUGAGUACGGGCAGCAGUCGAUUCAGUUCAUCCACGAAUUACUCCGUUCUGGCUGUUGGUGCGGGGUAUGGCCUGCGUAGUGCUGUGAUACUUAUUGCUGGUCGAUUAUACAAGCGUACUAUCGUGUGAUAGCAAGUUCAAGGCCAUUGGAUAAGGACUUCUGCUAUGAUCAUACUUAGUAGGUCAUCAUCAUUUCUGGGCAAGAUUGUUCCGUUUUCAGGUUUGUUGGCUCGGUGCAAUGACAGAUGCGGUAGAACACUUUGUACUGUGGUGAGUGUUCGUGUCUUGGCUAGACGUGACUGGCGUGGAACCCGUUCAAGUGUAGACUUAUCCAAAGGUGCAGUUGCCCAGCAUCCCGUUAUCAGUGUCGCAGAAGCUUUCGCGCUCGGAACACAUCUCAGCACCGUUAGAACUAGGUCGUUAUCAUCCGCAACCAUGGUGGACCCCGUCGCGCUUGGUCUCACGGAGGACGACGUCGAGUUGAUCGUAAAACGCUAUCUCCAGGAGAAACGUGAUAAGUACAACGCAAAAUUUCGUGUGCUUUCGUACCAUGUGAAUCGUUUGAGCGAAGAACCGAUUGGCUAUCUUGGAGAUCAUUAUUUUCUGAAUGUAGUGCUGCGCGAAAAAAUGGUGCAUUAUUCGGCGGAAGAAGAAGAAUACGCGGAGGAAGAAUAUCUCAGUUUCUUUUUGAAGAUCCUACCAGAACAAGUGCCAAAAUUGGCGGACUACGUCCGCGAAAUGGGCUGUUUUAGAAAAGAAAUCCAACUAUAUACCCACCUUAUUCCGAGACUGCAAGACGUUACGAUAGGGACAAAGCCGUUCGCCCCAAGGGCCUAUCUCACCAAAGACGAAAAGUUGCUCGUCUUCGAAAACCUGAAAGCUGAAGGCUAUCAAAUGCUAGAGAACAAUAAAAGUUUGUUAGAUUUUGCGCACUUGGAGGUGGCAUUGAAAACUGUGGCCAAGCUGCAUGCCGCUUCCCUAGUGCUGGAAGAACGAACCAAACAGUCCAUCAUGAAGCUCUAUUCUGGACAUUUGAACGAAAAUGUGUACAUCGAUGAUGAAACCUAUGUGCGCAAAACGAAUCUGGACAAUGCAAUUAAAGCCCUGUGCGAGCUUAUAAAGCGCAUCGACAAAUACAAAACCUCCGACAAACUGGAUUACAUUCUGCAGAAGUUUCCAGAGGUGAUUAGAAGAAUUUACGAUUUUGCCCGUCCGUCGACCGAGUACAGAAACGUCUUCAACCAUGGGGAUUUGUGGAACAACAAUCUCAUGUUCAAGUACGAGGAACCGGAGAAAUCCGCACCGAGCAGUGAGCCAGGUUCGCACCAGGAUGGUGCUAGCGGGCAACAUGAGCACCAGCCACUAGAGCAACCGCCGCCGAUGAAUGUCGGAAAUGGUGAGAAGCGUCGUCGCAAGCGUUCCGACAUCGUUCGCCCUUCGAAUCCGUUCAACUUUGACAACACACCCUUUACCGAGGUCCAAGAGCCGUGGGGCUGCGUCAUGAUCGAUUUCCAAAUUGCCAGGUACUCCCCGCCGGCGUACGAUGUGAUGUCCUUGCUGAACACGACCACGACCCGGGCCUUCCGGGCCAUCUAUCUGGAUCGUUUGGCAAAGCUGUACUACGAGUUCCUGCGCUCCGAAUUGGAGUGGUUCCAAAUUGACGUGGAAGGAGUUUUUCCGGGGGAUCACUAUCGGGAUUCGUGCGAGGAGUACAAGUUGGCUGGUCUUAUCGACAGUAUUCUUUUCCGGCAUCUGACGCUGCUUCCGGCAGAUUUGGUUGCAAGUUGCAAGGAGUGUCCCGUUCCAGUGUCGUUCGAAAAUUUGAUGGAGAAUUCUAUCUCACAUUUGGGCAUUGAGGCAUGGGACACUUGCGCAAACUAUAAAUUCAUGAUGACCGAUCUGCUGUCAGACUUGAUCGAUACUUACAUUUUGGAAAAAGAAUUACCUAAUACUUAAAAGAUUAUGAUGUAUGAAUCGAAAUUAUAAAUCUAUUAAUUAUUGUUUGUGGCACAUUUAAAUUAUUAAAUUAUAACUCUUAGCAUAUUAAGGUACUUUCUGAAUAUAAUUUGCUUUAGGAAUCCAGAGACAAUAAAUUAUUGCCCAUUCUAAUCAAUGUUA